AUGAGUGCUAACGAUGCAGACACAAAUGUCGAGAUGUGGAAGGUCAAGAAAUUGAUCAAAUCCCUCCAAACCGCACGUGGUAAUGGUACCUCCAUGAUUUCACUUGUUAUCCCUCCAAAAGGUCAGAUUUCCAUCAUUCAAAAGAUGUUGACGGAUGAAUACGGUACCGCGUCGAAUAUCAAAUCCAGAGUUAACAGACUAUCUGUUCUUUCUGCCAUCACCUCCACACAACAAAAAUUGAAGCUUUACACAAACGUUCCUAAAAACGGUCUGGUCGUCUACUGUGGUGAAGUGUUGACGGAUGAAGGUAAGGAAAAGAAAUUGACCAUUGCCUUCGAGCCUUUCAAACCAAUCAACACCUCUCUAUACUUGUGUGAUAACAAAUUCCACGUUGAAGCGUUGUCUGAGUUGCUAGAAUCUGACGAUAGAUUUGGUUUUAUUGUCAUGGACGGUAAUGGUGCUCUUUUCGGUGCAUUAUCUGGCAACACCAGAGAAAUCCUACACAAAUUCACAGUUGAUUUACCAAAGAAGCAUGGUAGAGGUGGUCAGUCGGCACUUCGUUUUGCGAGAUUGAGAGAUGAGAAGAGACAUAACUAUAUCAGAAAAGUUGCCGAGGUUGCAGUUCAAAAUUUCAUCACUGGUGACAAGGUGAAUGUUCAAGGUUUGAUUUUGGCAGGUUCCGCCGAUUUCAAGUCUGAAUUGAACAAAUCCGAUUUGUUUGAUUUGAGAUUGCAAGCCAAGGUUAUCAAAGUUGUUGAUGUUUCUUACGGUGGUGAGAAUGGUUUCAAUCAAGCAAUCGAGCUUUCAGCAGAAACGUUGUCAAAUGUGAAGUUCAUUCAGGAAAAGAAGUUGAUCACCCAAUAUUUUGAUGAAAUUUCCAUAGACUCUGGUAAAUUCUGUUAUGGUAUUGAUGAUACCCUUAAGGCACUAGAUUUGGGUGCUUGUGAAACUAUCAUUGUAUGGGAAGGAUUGGAAGAUGUCAGAUACACAUUAAAGAAUGCUGAAGGUGAACUAAGUGUCAAAAUAGUCGCUCCAGGAGCUUUAAAGGAAAACUUCCUUAUCGAUAAGGAUGGUUCAGAGUUGGAAAUCGUUUCAGACAUGCCAUUUUUGGAAUGGCUUGCUGAAAACUAUAAAAAUUACGGUGCUACAGUGGAAUUUGUUACUGACAGAUCUUCCGAGGGUGCCCAAUUCGUGAAAGGUUUUGGUGGUAUUGGUGCUUUGCUAAGAUAUAAAGUCAACUUCGAGCAAUUAAUGUCCGACGAUGAAGACGAAUUUUAUUCCGACUCAGAUUAA